CCCCUGUCCCUUUUUUCCGUAGCUCGAACCGGCUUCAACGGGGGAAAUGGAGGCCAGACCUUUCGCGGCGCGACACCUCGCCGGCCUUCGCCUCGGUUCCAGCGGCCCUCUGCGCUUACGCAAUGGUCUUGCGGUUGCGCGGCAGGUGAUCCCAUGGCCGCGCCGGACAUGGCGUGUCCCAUCGAGUGGGCUCCGCCCACCCCAGGCACAAGACCCCAGUGCCGAGGAAGGCCGGCCAAUGCGGCGGUGCGUGAGGCCGCGGCGCACGCCAAGCCCACAUUUUCCGAGCGUCGAGCCGACGCUUUCGAGCGGCCGCCUCCGCCCCCGAGAAGCCCGAGCUCCGCGAUCCUGUUCCCGCUGUCCACGCUGCCCAGCUGGGCCGACAUCAACGAGGAGCUUCGGGAGGUCUUGGCGCAGACGAACGGCGAGAAAGGCAGGUCCUUGUCUUUCAGACUACAGCAGGCAGAGAGAAACCUGGCGGAGAAGGACUUGCGAAUCGAAGCGCUGGAGGCACGCACCUCGCGGCUCGCUGAGCGGCUGGCGCUGGCCGAGGGGCUGGCGGCGCCCUCCAAGGAGCCGGGCACCCCAUGCUCCACCAGGUCCACCUCGGACUCCACGGCCUGGCACUCCGAGGGCCUCACGCGCAGGAACACCUUGGAGAGCUUGGGAAGCCUCGCCAGCCUCACCUCCGCCUCCAAGACCAGCACGGUGUCCAAGCCCAGCGGAACGACGCAGGCGUCCAAAACGAGAGGCGCGACGACUCAGGUGCCCAGCGACAAGUACGCCACCGAAGCCGAGGUCGACGCCGUUUGUCGCAGGUGCGAGCAGCUCCUGAAGUCCAUGACGGCGGUGGUGCAGCGCAACGAGCGCUUGGCCAGACGGAAGUUCUGCUCUGAGAGGACGAUCUCCUGGGACUCCGUGAGUGCGGCUCCGGCCAGGGGCAAGGCCUCUAGCGCGAAGCUGUCCACGGUGAAUCAUGAGCGAGAGUGAGUCUUCAGGCUCGCGCCGAGCCUGAGAUCUGGAACUUGGAUACAGGUGGAGAAGGGGGCAGUUCGUCUUAAUUGGGCUGUUCCAUGUGAGGUG